UUUAAGUACUUUCAGCCCGCCGAUACAGCGGUCAUUGAUUCGACUUUUUGAGGAAGAUACCUAUAAUCUGCGCAAUUGGGGGCAUGAGGUAAGUGCUGCCAUUGAUCAGUGGUGCUUCGCUCAGAAACUGGCACUAGAAGCAACCUCGAAGUUGGCUGCAACCGUCAUGUCAUACAGUGAUCAGAAGUUUCCUCUGGACGAAACCGCGUAUGAUAUACCCACAAUCACUAACCGUGUAGCUCAAACGUUCACUGAAAUCAACGGUUGGAUGGAGAUAUUUUUGCAGCAGAUAGAAUGUUGCGUGCAAUAUCCAAUUCGAAAAAUAAAUGCCGAACUUGACGAGUUGGUGGAGCAUUUGAGGCCUAACGUUGCGGACGCUUUUAGCAACCUUGCUGAAGCUGAAGAUAAAUUUUUGAGAAUGGGUAAGAAAGACGCACCACGUAAGCUGGAAGAGGCUAAUAAUGACGUUUUCAUAUCAAAAAUGAGCUACCACAAGCUUGCCUUACAAUACUGUUCGCGGAUGAAUGCUUUACAAACUAACCGGUACAUGCAAUUUAUCGAACCGAUGUUGGCGUUACUAUAUGCUUUUAAGUCCCUCUUUAAUGUCGGUCAUGACGCGUUUCGAAAUGAACACCUAACAAGCUUUUUGACUCAAGCCCAACAACAGAUGCAAGACAUUGAUAAAAAUAGCGAGGCUGACAGAAAGAAAAGUACGGAACUGUUAACAAAACUCUCGGAGCUUUCUAAAUCGGAACAUGAACUGUAUUAUGGAGAAAAUACUUCAUCAGACCAAUGUAAAAUUGCUGAUGGCGUUCAGAAGCAUGGAUACCUUCGCAUUAAGUUAAAAAGUGGUUUGUUUCUGAGUAACUGGGAGAAAUAUUUUGUUUUCACACAGGGUGCAAGUUUGAUGUGGCAGAAACCAGACCAGUUAGUGGGCACCCUUAUGCUUGAUUUUUCUACUACUCCUGGCUGCUCAGCUGAAGUUGCCGGGGAUCAAACGGAACGGCGGUUCGUUUUUGCCGUAAAUGUGCCUGCAACUGGAGAAGGUCGUGGUGAAGGCGAUAGAAAAUGGUUUUUGCAGGCAAGAAACACAGCUGAUAUGCAUCAGUGGGUCGAAGUUAUCAACAACCUGGCUGGUUCACAACAUAAAACGCAAUUACCAGCUGAGGUAGCCGAAGAUGUUCAGCAACGCAUAAGUACAGAAAAAAAAAGCUUUGAAUCGGAAACCCAUUCAAUCAACAUAGCUGCGCUCACACCGUCAAACACACCUGUAUAUGAGCUCUCAAAGCUUGCUCUAAUGAGACAGCCUAUUGAAUUCGACUUGCUAUCAUUGUGCGCCAGUCCCGUUACUGAUUUUAAGGUCGCUGAUUUGGCGCAAGAUGCGUGUAAUUUUGAUGUACGUUUUCUCGGGUGCAUCGAGAUUCUGAGUGAUCAGGGAGGAGAUGCAGCGAUACAGCCUGCGAUUGAAAGGGUUUUGGAUGCACGAACAGCUCAUUCAAUAUCCGACAGUACUGCUUGUACGAUGGUGAUCAGUCGUCGUUUGAUGUGCGUUGCGCUCCUAAACCACGAAAAUAAUGAUGAUAUUAAAGCUUACUUUGCCUUGUCGGAUGUUGUUUGCUGGACAACUCAUUCGAAUGAACGGAUUUUCGCCUUAGUUACAAAGUGUGCUGCUGACAAAGGUCCUUUAAACAGACCGUCAUUCAAAUGUAGCGUGCUUUCAACAGACGAUACUGCUGACGCUUCAGAUGUUUGUAAAGUGUUAGAAAGUGUAACAAGAGAAUCCUUAAACAGCAUGUUACUAAAAAAAUCUACUAUCGACGAUGAGAGUGAAGACUUGUCGGUUAAAAAAACUGCAGGAUCUGAUACAGGCGGUGAAAAAAGUGAAAAUGAUUCCAAAGGAAGUUGAUA